AUGCAGCGCCUCGUCCUCCUUCUGGUGUGCAUGCUGGGUUCUGCACUGCCCUGCCGCAUCAUUGGGGGGACCAACGCAGACAUUGCCGACUACCCAUGGCAGGUGUCCUUCCAGAAGUUGGGUUCACACAACUGUGGAGCGUCCAUCAUCGGCUCCAGCUGGGUCCUGACGGCGGCCCACUGCGUGGACGGCCUCAGUCUCUCAUGGAUGAGUUUCCGGGUCGGCAGCUCAAUCCGUGAGAGCGGUGGCUCCAUCCUGCAGGCGUCCUCUGGCUACAUGCACGGCAAAUACGACAGCGACACAACUGACUACGAUAUUACCGUUGUCCAGGUGUCCGGGUCGCUGCUCGGCAGCAACGCCCAGGUGGUGAGCCUGUCCUCUGACGGCUACGACCCGGCGGCUGGCCUGGCGGUGACGGUGACCGGCCGGAACACUCUUCCCCCAAACAGACGUCCUUGGUUGGAGCUAUACUGA